UUCCAUCAUGAGAGGCCUCCAUCACCUGUGCCCACUUGUGUGUCCAUGAAGAGUGACAAGUCAGAGGAUCGCCACAUAAACUUCAAACACGAUGUCACAGAUGGAACAAGAGACCAACAUGAAGGAAGCAAACCUGAUGGCGUCAGUGACCAGUUGACCCAGGAGGACCUCAAGCGCGUAUUCCAGGUGCUUGAGGAGAAGAUCAUCACCUUUGUGAAGAAUGAGUUGAAGAGAUUGAGGGAGAUUGUGAGUCCAGAUUACCAAGAAAACUUUGAGGGUAAAGAGCAACAUGAGAGUGAUGCCAGAGAAGGGGCUCUCAAGAUGGCACUGCACUUCCUGAGGAACAUGAAGCAGAAAAGUAUUAUUGACAAACUGCAAGAAAAUCAACAGGAUGUAGUCUGUCAAACGGAACUGAAGAGAAAUCUCAACAACAAGUACCGGAGUGUGUUUGAAGGAAUACCCAAGGAAGGGAGCUCUGCUCUGCUAGAAAAGAUCUACACAGAGGUCUACAUCACAGAGGGAGGAAGUGGAAAAGUAAAUGAGGAGCAUGAAGUCAGGCAAAUUGAGUCCAUAUCCAAGAGACCAGCAGGACAGGAGACAUCAAUCAAAUGCAGAGACAUCUUUAAGCCCUUACCUGGUCAAGACAAACCAAUCCGACAAGUCAUCACAAAGGGAGUAGCUGGCAUUGGCAAAACUGUCUCAGUUCAAAAGUUCAUCCUGGACUGGACUGAGAGAAAAGAAAACCAAGAUAUCCACUUCAUAUUUCCGCUGCCUUUUCGGGAGCUCAACACCCUGAAAGAAAAACAUCUUUCAUUGAUUGAUCUUCUCCACCACUUUUUCAGUGGUGCAGCAGUCGAGCAGUUAACUUUUCCCAGCCUGGGGAAACACAAAGUGUUAUUCAUCUUUGAUGGUCUAGAUGAAUGUCGACUCCAACUAGACUUCUGGAGAAAUGAAAUAUUGACUGAAGUGACAGAGACCAUGUCAUUGGAUGUUCUCCUGACAAAUCUCAUCAAGGGUAAUCUGCUUCCCUCUGCUCUCCUUUGGAUCACUUCUCGACCAGCAGCAGCCAAUCGAAUUCCGCCUGAGAAUAUUGACAGAGUCACAGAAGUACAAGGGUUCAGCGACCCUCAGAAGGAGGAGUACUUCAGAAGGAGAAUAUGUGAUCAGAAACUUGCCAGCAAAGUAAUUUCUCAUAUUAAAUCAUCAAGAAGCCUCCACAUUAUGUGCCACAUACCAGUGUUUUGCUGGAUUGCUGUAAACGUUCUUGAGGUUCUUCUUGAGAUGCAUGGAGUUGAGCAAGUUCCAAAGACUUUGACAGAGAUGUACACAUUUUUCCUUGUAUUUCAAACCAAGCAGAGAAGUAUGAAGUUUGAAGGAGUUCAUGACACAGAUCCACAGUGGAACCGGGCUAGUCUUCUUGCUCUUGGAAAGUUGGCCUACAAUCAGCUGGAGAAAGGGAACCUGAUAUUUUAUGAAGAUGACCUGAUUGACAGUGGUAUUGAUGUUAAAGAAGCAGCAGUACAUUGUGGAAUUUGCACCCAGAUCUUUCAAGAAGAGUCAGGCCUUCAUCAAGAAAAGUUGUACUGUUUUGUGCACCUGAGCAUCCAGGAAUACCUUGCAGCUUUGUAUGUGAUCCUGAUGUUUACAACUGAAGGGAAAGAUCUCUUGUCCCCUCAGCAGGCCUCCGGAGCUGUUGACAGCAGACCAGUGUACAAAUCCAUGACCACUUUGCAGAAGAGUGCCGUGGAUAAAGCCUUGGAGCAUGAAGAUGGGCACUUUGAUCUUUUCCUCCGUUUCCUUCUUGGCCUCUCUCUGGAAUCCAACCAGAGACUCCUACGUGGCCUACUGAAGAAAGUACACAAUGAAGGCAAAGAGGAAAUAACCAGUUACAUAAAGACAAAGAUCAGGGAGAUUCCAUCAUCAGAAAGAGUUAUCAACCUGUUUCACUGUCUGAAUGAAGUCAAUGAUCACUCCUUAGUGGCGGAGGUCCAGAGCUUUUUGAGUGCAGGGACACUUUCAGCAGGCAAACUCUCAUCCGCACAGUGGUCAGCUCUUCUGUUUGUGCUUCUGACAUCAGAAGAAAAACUGGAUGUGUUUGACUUGAAGAAGUACAGCAGGUCUGAUGAAUGUCUCCUAAGGCUGCAACCAGUAAUGGAGGAGUGCCAAACGGCUCUGCUGAACAGUUGUCGGCUCACUGAGAGUAGCUGUGCACAUCUGGCAUCUGUUCUCACCAAAGUGUCUUCAAAGCUGAAAAAUCUGGACCUCAGUGACAACAAUAUUGGCGACAUUGGGGUCCAAGAAUUAUGUUGUGGACUGGGUAACCCAAACUGUGCACUGGAGACACUCAGGCUGUCUGAUUGCAGUAUCACAGAGAAGGGCUAUUCUGGUCUGUCUUCAGCCCUGAGGUUAAAUCCCAGAUCCUUCAGAGAGCUUGAUCUCAGAGGAAAUGAUCCAGGGGCAUCAGGAGUUAAACUGCUUUUAGACCUGAAGGAGGAUCCACAGUGUACACUGAGAAAUAUCCAGUUCCUGAAGAGUAGUGCUGCUGAGGAAGCCUGUGCUGCUGUGGCUUCAGCUGUGGGUUCAAACCCCUUACUCAUGACUGAGCUGGAUCUGAGUUACCGCAUAUCAGGAGUCUUGGGAGUGACUUGGCUGUGUGCUUUACUGCAGGAUCCCCACUGUACACUGCAGACAUUACGCAUGGAUAACUGCAGUAUUGGAGAGGAAGGCUUCAGAGCUCUCGCAUCAGCACUGAUAUCAAACCCCUCACACAUGAGAGAGCUGCAGCUGAGAGUGAAUAGAGCAGGAGACUCAGGAGUGAAGCAUCUUCGUUCUCUUCUGCAGGAUCCCAACUGUAAACUGGAGAAACUAGAUCUGUCAGGCUGCAGUAUUGGAAAGGAAGGCUUCAGAGCUCUUGCAUCAGCACUGAGAUCAAACCCCUCACACAUGAGAGAGCUGCAGCUGAGUGUGAAUAGAGCAGCAGGAGACUCAGGAGUGAAGCAUCUUUGUUCUCUUCUGGAGGAUCCCAACUGUAAACUGGAGAAACUACAUCUGUCAGGCUGCAGUAUUGGAGAGGAAGGCUUCAGAGCUCUUGCAUCAGCACUGAGAUCAAACCCCUCACACAUGAGAGAGCUGCAGCUGAGUUGGAAUGGAGCAGGAGGAGACUCUGGAGUGAAGCAUCUUUGUUCUCUUCUGGAGGAUCCCAACUGUAAACUGGAGAAACUACAUCUGUCAUGCUGCAGUAUUGGAAAUGAAGGUUUCAGAGCUCUUGCAUCAGCACUGAGAUCAAACCCCUCACACAUGAGAGAGCUGCAGCUGAGUAGGAAUAAAGCAGGAGCCUCAGGAGUGAAGCAUCUUUCAUCUCUUCGGGAGGAUCCCAACUGUUAUCUGGAGAAACUAAACCUGGACGAUCAGGAGAAUGACGGCUGUUUACUGAGCUGAAGAACAAUCUAAACUCUACACACCUACAAAUACACAGAUUCUAAUGAAUCCAUCUCAUUGUAUUUGUGAAAAGUGAAGGUCUCACUUUUUCCAAACUCACUGUUAUAGCCUGUUAUCACAUUCACCAACUGGUGUCGUCUCAGACUCUGCAACAGUUGCGACCACUAAGAUUCAUACAAUUACCGUUUAAAACAGCCACAUGCCAGUUCAGUAAACCUCAUGUAUUCACCAUGUUACAUAGAAAGUGUGUGUAUUGAUGAAGUGUGUGUAUAAAUAGUGUUUUUGUUGUUUGUUAUAUUAUAAGUGAUGAUUGGACAACAUCAUCAUAUUUGUUUAACUGCCAUUAAUUGCUGAAUUGGGUUAAUCGGGAUCAAUCACAUAUUUUAUUAUUAUUUUGCAUUCCUGAACUUUCCAGAACUCCAUAUUAAAGGCGCUCUAAGCGAUGUUGCGUGGUUUGUAAGCUUCAACAUUUGUUGUCACACACCAUCUGCUAACUGUCUCUGCUGAAAAACUGAAACCAUAAGGACCUCCCUAACCUCUCUUCAUCUGUACCCACUCCACGAGUCUGUCCAAGCACAUCAGAAUCACUGGAGAUGGGUCUCAAGAGUCGUUUUGUAUUGUGAGAUCACCAUCAAGGCCAUCUUAGUCUAGUAGCUUUGGGAUGUUGAAGUUUUCAGGGCAUACACUUCUGAAAAGUGCAUUUGAAGUGACUGUAUUGCUCUGAACCUCUUGUUGCAUAAGAUUGAAUCCAGUCCUGGGAGCCCCAUGCUCACAAUGCACUGUGCCGCCUUCAACACUCGGUUUAGGUCAGGUCUCUCAGCAGCAGUGCCGUGCAGGUUUCAGCAUGUGUCUCAGCAUCUUAGAGUAUAGAAAGCAGAUGUUGGGUCUCCGUUCGGGUCCGUUCUGAUUUGCUGUCCGUCUUUUUGGCUACAAUAAAUAUUUCUUUUGCAUCAGA